CCCGCUCGGUUCUCUCUCCUCCUCUCCCUCCCCCUGCUCCUCUAUGCUCAGUUCGGUGUGUGUCUCCUCUUUCAAAGGGCGCAAGGGUGGGAACAAGUCGUCCAACAAAGCAUGUUACAGCGCAGACAUGACUUGUCCGUCAGACAGCGAGAAAAUAGUGAUAAACUGCGGGGGGAUUCGGCACGAGACGUACCGCAGCACACUGAAGACGCUGCCUGGGACGCGCUUGUCCUGGCUCACGGAGCCAGAUGCGUUCAGUAACUUUGACUAUGACCCCAAAUCCGACGAGUUCUUCUUUGACCGCCACCCCAACACCUUUGCUUUUAUCCUCAAUUAUUACCGCACAGGGAAGUUGCAUUGUCCCAACGAUGUCUGCGGUCCUCUCUUCGAGGAGGAACUCGCGUUCUGGGGUAUCGACGAGACAGACGUGGAGGCUUGCUGCUGGAUGAACUACCGACAGCAUCGGGACGCCGAGGAAGCGCGGGACCACAAUUACCCGAUAAUCUCUACAUCCAGACCUGAAGCCUAA